CUCUCCCUCCUGCUCUAUCUGAAGAUAAAUAUUUUUUUUUGCAACAAAAAUGACACCCGGUGCCUCUCCAAGUCUCACCAGAACAACUCUACGCGCCAUGGUUUGGCGGAAGACAGCUGCCAUCGUUCAGACAAACACUGUGAUGAUGGGAGGAACCCUUGCUUCUCCGACCCCCGUCAAGGAGACGUCACUUGUGUGAACACUCCGGGAGAAGGCAGCUUUUUGUGCCAAUGUCCUCCCGGGUGUCAUGGGACCACCUGUGGAACUGCUGUGGGCUCCUGCGGCCUGAGCUGCUGCCAACGCCGGGGCCUUGGACCCGUCCAGCCGUGCCCUGCGGGCUGCGCCGGAAGGUUCUGUGAGCCAGAAGGCAAUGAGCGUGCCUCCGGCCCUUGCCACCACAGGGCUGUGUGCCAGGGUGGCAUGGAUGGCUCCUCCUGCGUCUGUGUCCCAGGAUAUCGAGGCCAGCACUGGGCCCGGGAGCAGGAAUGCAUCUCAGGUCCUUGCAGGAACGGGGCCAUGUGCCUCGAUGAGGUCGCAGGAUACACUUGGCUUUGUCCCUGAGAUUAUUCUGAUGUCAACUGUGAACUGGAAGGUGAUGAAUGUUGGUCCCAGCCCUGCCUAAACGGAGCCGCUUGUCAGGAUGCUCUGGGGGGUUUCUGUGACUGUGCCCCUGGCCUCCUCGGUCACCACCGUGGGCUCCACGCUGACGGGUGUGCCGCUCAGCCGCGUCUCCACGGGGCGCUGUGUGUGGAUGAGACGGACCCUCGUUUUGUCUCGGCCGAGUGCGAGCCGGUGUUUCACAACUCGGCAUCCUGGAGGAGCUCCUCCAAGUCAAGCUCCUCUUGA